GUAACGUAAUUACCGCAGGCCCCGUUUUCGUACACACCGGUGUGUUUGGUCUUGCUUGCGACACGAUCUCGGGUAUGCUGACUCUAUCAUGCCGGGCUGAGCGCCCGACAAACGCCAGAGCUGAAGAGAUUCUGCUGAAGUGCAGAGCCGAUCUCAGCUGCAUCACGUACCGAUUUUCCAUCACCUGACAGCUUUGCGCCCGCCAUGUCUGUUCAACUCUCCGAAUACCUUCCGACCCCUUUUGUACUGUUCACCGAGCGGCUCGUCAUCGUACUGACUCCAAUCGCCAUACAAUACAACGAUUACGUCCAGCUGUACGGCAGUCUGCAUGUGAGUGAGGCGUUUUGCCAGAUGGCUUUCGGUCCGCACUUCCUGGCUCGCGAGUUGAGCGUUGAGGAUACAAGGAAUGUCAUCCUCACACGUGACCUCGAACGGUGCUGGAAGAGGAGAGGGCUCGGUGAUUUUGCGAUUGCGCUUCGUCCUAGAAGAGACGGAUCCGAUGCCAUGCACAGUGACAGCGGGAGGAGACUGGAAGGGAAUGAGAGCGUGGGCUUUGUAGAAAGUGUUGAUUUCGCCUUUUUGCAACAUGUCGAGUGGGUGGGUUAUGCAGGUGUUCGAGACACAACGACAACAUCAAUGCCAGACUGGGAGGAAGGUAGCGAGCUACUGCCGCCGUGGCAAGAGAUGGUGGAGUUGAGAUACGGCGUGCACGAGAAAGUGUGGGGCAGGGGCGUCGCUGGCGAGGCGGCGAGAGCGGUGAUGCAGUGGGCUGUCGCUGAAAAAGGAGUGAGAAGGUUCAUUGCUGAGACAGAGAAGAUGAAUACAAGAAGUGGGAAAGUAUUGCGCAAGAUGGGCUUCAGAGAGAGCGGGACGGAUUAUUGGCAGGAGCCAAGUGAGUCGGAAUGGGAGAAGGUCGCAGCGUAAGCCAUUUGCGGCACCCCAAGAGGCUUUGCCCGUGGCACAAAUCAAGCACUUGUUCGUAUGAAGCAGGAUGAAGGAGUCCGAAGCAAGUCGAAGAGUUGCGAAGCAGGGUAGUAGCAUCAAAGUCAAGCGCCGAAUUGAAUUGCUGCGAUUGGCUGCUGGGCAAAGUGGGGCGCCCACCCAGAGACACCUCAGUCUGGUCCAGCCGUCGACGCCAUCUGGUC